CGCAGCCUGACAGAAGGACGUUGCCGUGUAGGGUUUGUUUUGAGCGAGCUCAGGACAAGAUGCUGACCAAUAUCUCUCACGUGCUGAGGGUUUGUGCUCAGAGGAAUGGAGCAGCAGCGGUCGUGUCGGCACGCUCGUAUGCCGACUUCGCGACCGAGGCCAGCUUUGAAAUAAAGAAAUGUGACGUCCACAAGCUGGACGAGGCUCCGGCCACUCGGGUGGUGAUGACUCGGGAUGAGGGUCUGGAGUACUACCGCAUCAUGCAGACCAUCAGGCGCAUGGAGCUGAAGGCGGAUCAGCUGUAUAAACAGAAGAUCAUCCGAGGAUUCUGCCACUUGUACGACGGCCAGGAAGCCUGUGCAGUUGGUAUCGAAGCAGGAAUUAAUUUGACGGACCACCUGAUCACCGCGUACCGCGCCCACGGCUACACGUACACCAGAGGAGGGACCGUGAAGGAGAUCAUGUCCGAGCUCACCGGAAGAAGAGGCGGAAUUGCCAAGGGCAAAGGAGGCUCGAUGCACAUGUACACCAAGAACUUCUACGGAGGGAAUGGAAUUGUCGGAGCUCAGGUUCCCCUGGGUGCCGGUGUGGCUCUGGCCUGCAAGUAUCUGGGCAACAAUGAGCUGUCGGUCAGUCUCUACGGCGACGGCGCUGCCAACCAGGGUCAGAUUUUUGAAACCUAUAAUAUGGCGGCGCUUUGGAAGCUGCCCGCCAUCUUCGUCUGUGAGAACAACCGGUACGGCAUGGGCACGCCGGUGGAGAGGUCUGCGGCCAGCACGGACUACUACAAGAGGGGAGACUACAUUCCUGGCCUCCGGGUGGAUGGGAUGGAUGUUCUGUGCGUUCGGGAAGCGACCAAGUUUGCAGCCGAUCACUGCCGAGCUGGGAAGGGUCCCAUUCUCAUGGAGCUUCAGACCUACCGCUACCAUGGACACAGUAUGAGUGACCCUGGUGUCAGCUACCGCACGCGUGAGGAGAUCCAGGAGGUCCGUGGUAAGAGUGACCCCAUCUCCCUGCUGAAGGACCGCAUACUCAGCAACAACAUGGCCAGCGUGGAGGAGCUCAAGGAGAUCGACGUGUCGGUGAGGAAGGAAAUCGAAGACGCCGCUCAGUUCGCCACCACGGACCCUGAACCCCCCCUGGAGGAGCUGUGCAACCACCUCUUUAAAAACGACCCGCCCAUGGAUGUGCGCAGCACGAACCCGUGGAUCAAGCUCAAGUCCACGAGCUAAAGUUUCAUCCCGUCGUUCACCCAGUAACAUAUUUAGCCCUUUCCCCUCACACACACACACACACACACACUGUACCUUAAACCAGUGGCUCGGACCCAGAGCGGGAACCAUCAACAAGUACAUUUAUUUCAAAACUGUACAGUUUAACAUUCACCAAAAUCUUCUGAGGAUAAAACAAAGACAACGAAACUGGAUAAUUAACUGAAAGUUGUUUUUUUUUGUCACAGUGUUCCAAAGUCUCAUGUCCACUAUUUAUUUAUACUAUUAGUAAAACAUAUUAAAGUAUUCUCCAACUCACACUUUCGUUUUUUAUGUCGAGUAAUUACAAUCACCAUCCCUGACGUUGGUGGAUUAUUUAAAGUCUUCACUCAUGUCUGAUGUACGAGCACGAAAAUAUAUAAAUUAAAUACCUGUGAAUAAUUAUUUUUAAUUUUAGAGGAAAGCUCAAUAAAUCACUUAAAGAUAUUUUAAGGAAUAUCGAGGUCUCUUAACAAUAAGCAUCACGUCGGAGGGUUUUUGUAAAUCCGGCCCCAAGUGAAUAUAUAUAUGAUAUAUUAUAUAUAUAUAUAUUUAGGAGAUUCUAAAUGUGCUUGUUUGAUGGUUUUUCUCUGGUCACUUUUGAGGUGAAAUGAAGCGAAUAUCCAUCCCAUAAUUGUUCAUCUCAUAAAGAGACUGACCUGUACGAUCGGCUGUUCUCUUUAUACUGAAGUGUACAUGAUAAAUCAUUCAUUUUAAGUUUACUAGUUCUUGUCUUGUCUUAUUAUUUCAAGCUUACAAAAACGCCGUACAAGACGGCAGCAACUUUCCCCAUAUGUUAAAAAUAAAAAUACAGUAUGUAAUGUCGUGAAUACAGAGGGAAAGGCUUUAAAUAUUUUAAUUUGUCUCGCCAAACCAAACGUGCCUGGCAGAUCUCGUCUUGUGUAGCCGUGUCGUUUUCCGUGAUUCACAUUGUGUUUAUGACGCAAACAUAAACCGCUCAUUUUCAUACUACGACUCCUUUUAAGCUCCUUUUUUUUUUAUGAUGUACAUGUGUGUAAAUAGUUGGUCACACUCGCGUUACCACGGGAACAAAAGAUGGUGACCUGUAAACACGAUGGCUUCUAGUCAGACUGCGUUCAUGGGAGGAGUUUCACGUCAAGUUACGAAAUCAAAGAGAUUAAACACAUUAUUUUAUCUUCUUUUUUUUUAAGAAGAAGAAAAAUGACUGUGCCGACAGCUCGGGAAGCCAAAUAAAAAACCUUCAUAUCAACACUACUGAUCAUUUUCAGUCGUUAAUAUUCUGAAACCAUUUAAAGCAGCAGGGAAGGGUCUUAUUUGAAAUGUGAAAAGUAUUUAGUCAAAUAAGUUAAAGUAGAUAGACUACAAUUUUAAAUGUCAGUACAAAUACCCGCAGUGGGAGUAUUUGUUGAAGGAAACUGUUACGUCGACGUAGGAAACACUGGUUUUAUGUGUGUAAUAAAAAGACUAAGAUACUG